GCGAAAUAGAAGGAAAUGUGGAACAAUAUUGUGUGUGUGCUUCUGAUCCACGGAUUGUUUGUAAAUGCAUUUCCCGCCAAUGAAGGAGUGGGAAUUAACGCCAAUGACAAACAUCUAACAGUACCUAUACGUGGCAAGGCAGAGUUCAGCGGGACUGCCCCAGCUAGUGGAAGAGCGGCUUUCACUACACAUACACCUUGCCCAGAAGUUACGCUACCAUUUAUUCCUAAUGCGCCAGAAAAUGGUCCUUUACCUAAAAAUAUUAUGCUAGGAGCUACAUUAGCGGACGCCAUUCUCGCAGAGGCCGGUAGAGAAAUAGAUGCCAAAUUGGCUGAAAUAGAUGCGUUCGUAGAAAACGAAUUAGAAAGGAUGGGACCACAAUUACAAGUUGCAAUGAAAGGUGGAGCCACUUCAGACAUAGAGAGUGCUCUUGACUCGACUCUUCAAAAAAUGGAAUCUGAAAUCUCCACAGAAUUAUCUAACUUAGAUAAGUUUAUUGACUCAGAACUAGAAAAAGCUGAAGAAGUAGUAAAAUCAGCACUAAGAAAAGUAGAAUCAGAAAUGGAAAGAAAUAACAACGCAAUCGGUCAAACAGUAACAAAACAAAUGACGGAACAAGAAGCGUUAACACAACUAGCGAUGCUAAUCUUACAAGCGUUUGUUGAAUCAAAACUCGCUGAAACAGAAAAUGUAGUCAAAUCUGAUUUGGAAAAGGUAAAUGCGUUUGUGAAUAAAGAGCUACAAAAGGUCGACGCUACAGCUGAGUCAAGAACAGGUAAAAUAUACAAAGAUGUAGAAAAAGAAUUGGAAAAAACUGAUACGAGAAUGAAAUCGGAAGUUUCAGAAAUAGAAUCGAGAGUAAGAUCAAAACUUGACAAAACAGAAUCACUCGUAGAAUCAGAAUCAGACAAAGUUGGUGAAUUUUUGGAUGCACAGUUGGCUAAAACUGAAACUUUUGUAGAUAUGGAAAUAGCCAAAAUUAAAUCAGUUGUGGAAGCGGAAUUACUAAAAGUUGACAAUGCAUUGGAUGGUGUUAAUGAUUGUUGUACAAUGUACAGUAACAGUGUUCCUAUGAUGCAGCCAGUUCCAUUAUAUCUUCAGAGCUAUCCAGCGUGUGAAACUCUCUGCUACGAAUCAUGUACUCCAAUGCUACCUUAUACUGGCUUCACUCCACCUAUUAUAGGUACUCCGAACCCAACAAUAGCUCUAAACCCAGUGCCUUACGACAGUCAAUGCCUUCGAUACAAUACACAAUGUGCAGCGCCAGUCCUGUACCAUAGGACGCAACUGCCUGCGGUGAACGUCAUACAAGGAACAGCUAGGGCUGUGGGCAACAUCAAACUCUUUGCCCAAUUCCCAUGUCCACCAUUGGAGGCGAACCAAAUAGGCCCGGAUGGAAAGAAAUAUAUAUGGAUUAAGAAGAAAUCUGCUGAUGAAGAAAAACCUUCCCGAAGAAAACUGGAAUUCCCUGAUUUCUCAGAAUUCCCGGAAGCUGCCACAGAAGCCUAUGAGAAACUUCACAGUGAUCCAGAUGAUAGAGCUGAUCUGCCUGUAGGGAGAAAUAUUAAGCACAAAUAAAUAAACAAAUAUAAAU